GACGUUUAGUGUGCAAAUCAGCUAAACUGCAGACUGACGCUCUGGUGUGUUUCCGCUGUGUGAAAGGCUGUUAGAUCUAUUUCAAGGAAAAGCAUCAAAAGUUUAUCAUUAUUUCACAAUUCUGUAUCGACAGCCUUUUUUUUCUGGCAGACCUAACUGAGGUUACUCCAGCUGACUUCACAUCUGUCCCACCACCACCACUCAGCUGAUCCUCAUCAAAGUGUCCACGAUGCCUGAAAUCAUUGUUUUCGUUGACCUGAAGACCACUGGUUUAGACACUAAAUAUUGUCACAUCAUCCAGUUGUCAGCCAUCUGUGAAGAGAGAGAGUUUGACGAGUUUAUUCUCCCUGACCGCAACAUCAGGCGGGGUGCCUCAAGGGUCACAGGCUUCACUCUCAGUAACGGCCAGCUGUAUCGCAAUGGGGAGCCAUUGGAUACCAUUUCUCUAUUUAAAGCUCUCAACUCCUUCAUGAACUUUCUUUACUCCUUCCGCUACCCUGUGAUUCUGGCAGCCCACAAUGCAAGGGGGUUUGAUGCACCUGUGCUCAUCAGGGUGCUGAAAAGGUUCUCCUUCUGGCAUAAAUUCCAGAAGGUGGUGUCUGGGUUUCUGGAUACUCUAGAUCUAAGCAGGGAUCUAUUUCCUGAACUGGACAGUCAUUCUCUGCAGAAUUUAGUCUGUCACUUCCUGCAAAAGACCUACGACGCUCAUAAUUCUCUAGAGGAUGCCAGGAUGCUGGAGGAGCUGUUCAACAAAUGGAAACGUGAUAGAUGGGAUAUCUCCAAUGCUACCCGGAGCCUGUCUGAAUUGUCUUUUAAAAAAAAAACCUACUAAAGGAGAAAGAGGAAAGCAAUUAAAAAAAAAAGCAAAAAGGAUGGGUAAAAUAUCUUGUCUGUAGACAAAUCAUGUAUGUUACAUCCCAAACUCACAGAUAUGUAAUGUUGAUUCUGUACAAGAACCAUUAAACUUCCAUUUGAAUCUUCA